AGACCCUAAUUUAAUUGGUGUCCACGCAUGUAAUCAUCGAAAAGCUUUUCAAAACCCCCUUUGUCAUCUUCAAAAACUUCCAGACACCUACCUCGCUUGAUUUCUUGUUGAUUCGAGUUAGCGAUGUUGCAUUUCAAAGACCCUUCAAAGCUCCGAACCAAAAAGAUUGUGUUUGAAGCUGUAUAUCCUGCACAGGAUUCAGGCACUCUUGAACAGCUGAAAGAGUUAAGCUCCAAGCGUGUGAAUGUUGAGUCUAUCAAUGAAAACAACUCCAUCACGGAUGCCAUCGCAAGGGAAAUGUCUGGGGGAUUGACUUCUCAGUGUGAACAGGAUAUCCAAAAACUAGAACUAUAUUUGCCAUUACUGGAGAACUUGGUUCAGCAUGUUGACUUAAUUGGUGAUGAUCCACUAGUGAUUCGUUGGACUUCAGAUCUCAAGAUAAGAUGGACCAGUGUCCUUAGUUCUUCAUUUUUCUUCAACCUCAUGGGUCCAAGGUUCUUUCAGAUUGAUAAUCUGCGGUUUGAGCUUGGAAUUGUCUUGUUUUUAUAUGGUGCAAUGCUUCGAGAGUGGGCUUCCCAACUUCUAGUGACAGAUUUAGUACAAUCUGCGACCCUAUUCAGGAAAGCAGCAGGAGUUUACAGUUAUUUGGCUCAUGAGGUUCUUCCCUCUUUAGAAGGUGCACUUACACCAGAAGGACCACCGGAAGCAACUUCAUCUGUUUCUUCAGUUAUGAGCUUCAUUUGCUUGGCUGAGGCUCAGAUAGUAACUAUAAUGAAGGCAGAAGAAAAACGUUCUGCUGAUGGGCUUUUGGCAAAGCUGCAUUAUGGUGUUGUACAGUUAUUUGAUGAGGCCACCGACUUUUUCUCGACAGCAGCCAGAGAAUGCAAAGAUAUCUCACCAAGCUUGAUGGAUUACAUUUCAUUUUCUAAAGGCGUACAUGAGUUAAGAAGUUAUAAGUAUAUGGCACAAGCUCUAAAAACCGAUGGACAAAUUGGAACUGCAAUUGGACUCCUUCAACACGCGUUAAACAAUGUGCAGAAGAAUGUGGGAGGGAUGGAGUCUUGGCGAACGGUUAUGAAGCAAGAUAUUGACACUGUGAUCGAGUUGCUAAGAAAGUAUAAGCAUGAGAAUGAGUUCGUAUGGCAUGAAAAAGUUCCGUUUGAUGACCAUUUGCCGUUGCUACAAGGGAAAAAGAUUGCCACUUGCAUACCUUAUCGUCCUGAAAGAUGGGAACGAACGCUUGCACUCAAGAUCUAGAAAGGUAAUUCUUGAUGGCCUAUCAGUGUGCAGCAUCGGCUGUUCUAUUGUGUUCGUUACUCAGUUUGUUGCUGGGAUUGUGAGGUAUGCAGUUAUGGUGGCGAUGGAGAGGUGAUGGGUGGCGGGGUUACAUAAUUGUAUGCUAGUAGUUGGUAGAUAUGGUGGUGGUUCAUGGUGGAUGAGAACUGUACAUACCAUCAAGUUGUACGAACACUCUGGGUGGCCAAAAAUUUCGAAGGUCGUGUAU